GCCACUUCACUCUUCAUCGCCAUCUCUAUACUCUACAUCUUCGCUUCACUCGAUCGUCUUCUCUCUCGUUGAUCUCUUUCGAUUCUUCAAUUUUAAAUCCGUAAUUAAUCAUGGGGUUGAAGGGUUUUGUUGAAGGUGGUAUUGCCUCCAUCGUCGCCGGCUCCUCCACCCACCCUCUUGACCUCAUCAAGGUCCGCAUGCAACUUCAAGGUGAAUCCCACCUCCCUAAUCCAGCUUCCCUUCAAGCCUUCCGCCCUGCAGUCGCCUUCAACACGGUUGCUGCAGGUGCUGGAAACAUUUCCCUACCUGUAGAAGUUCCUCCGCCGCCGGCUCGUGUUGGACCCUUUUCUAUCGGUGUCCGUAUCAUCCAAUCUGAAGGCGUGGCCGCCCUUUUCUCUGGUGUAUCCGCCACUAUUCUCCGCCAGACCUUGUACUCCACCACCCGUAUGGGCCUUUAUGAUAUUCUCAAACACAAGUGGACAGACCAAGAUACCGGAAGUAUGCCACUUCCACGGAAGAUUCUUGCUGGCCUUAUCUCCGGCGGUGUCGGAGCUGCCGUCGGGAACCCAGCUGACGUGGCUAUGGUCCGCAUGCAGGCUGAUGGACGUCUCCCAAUUGACCAACGUCGCAACUACAAGAGUGUGUUCGAUGCUUUAACUCAAAUGUCAAAGCAAGAAGGAAUUGCUAGCCUCUGGCGUGGCUCAGGUCUAACAGUGAACCGUGCAAUGAUUGUCACUGCAUCACAGCUCGCAACCUAUGAUCAGAUCAAGGAGAUGAUAUUGGAAAAGGGUGUGAUGAGCGAUGGAAUAGGGACCCAUGUGACGGCGAGCUUCGCUGCUGGGUUUGUGGCAUCGGUGGCUUCAAACCCUAUAGAUGUGAUAAAGACUAGGGUUAUGAACAUGAAGGUGGAGACAGGAGCAGAGCCGCCGUACAAGGGUGCAUUAGAUUGUGCAAUGAAGACAGUGAAGGCUGAGGGUCCUAUGGCUUUGUAUAAGGGAUUUAUACCUACAAUCUCAAGGCAAGGACCUUUCACAGUGGUGCUCUUUGUCACGCUAGAGCAGGUCAGGAAGCUACUCAAAGAUUUCUAAUUCAUGAGAUGAUGAAGGAAAACACUAUAUAUAGCUAGCUAGCUGUGAAUUGCAGCUUCAUUAUUGGGAGACUUAUUCUUUAUUCUUUUUGUAGGCAUGGCCGCUACUAUAAUUUAUUGUAUUAAAGAAAGUUGAUUUUUGAUAUAAAUUAAUUCGUCUUUUAUCCCA